AUGACUUCAGACGCGAAAAAACGAAUAAAUUACUUCUAUGAUGAAAAAAUUGCAGAGUAUUUCCAUGGCUCUGGACAUCCAAUGAAACCAAUGCGUGUAAAGAUGACUCAUUCCUUAGUGAUGGCCUAUGGAUUAUAUAAAAAGAUGGAGAUUUUUAGAGCCAGACCAGGAACAGUGGAAGAAUUAACACAAUUUCAUACGGAUGAGUAUAUUGAUUUCCUUAGAAAAGUUACACCUAAUAAUGCGGAUGAUCAUUUAAAAGAGCAAGUCAAAUUCAGCGUAGGUGAUGAUUGUCCCGUAUUUGAUGGGUUGCUCGAAUAUUGUCAGAUAACUGCUGGUGGCUCUCUCGAGGGUGCCGCAAGAUUAAAUUACGGACUAUGUGAUAUAGCGCUUAAUUGGGCGGGUGGCCUACAUCACGCAAAGAAAGCAGAAGCUAGUGGAUUUUGCUAUGUUAAUGAUAUAGUAAUAGCAAUACUUGAGCUUCUAAGGCAUCAUCCACGCGUCUUAUAUAUAGAUAUUGAUGUUCACCAUGGUGAUGGGGUCGAAGAAGCAUUCUACACGACCGACAGAGUGAUGACAUUAAGUUUUCAUAAUUAUGGAGAUUUUUUUCCGGGAACUGGUGAUAUUCAUGAUAUUGGCUACGGGAAAGGAAAAUACCAUGCCGUGAAUGUUCCCCUUCGAGAAGGAAUUGACGAUAUAACUUAUAAAACGAUUUUUGAACCUAUUGUAACCCACGUGAUAGAAUGGUAUCAACCUUCCGUAAUUGUGCUUCAGUGUGGUGCUGACUCUCUAUCUGGGGAUCGGCUAGGCACUUUUAAUUUAACCACUAAAGGACAUGGGGACUGUGUCCGUUUCGUUAAAAAAUUUAAUAUUCCAAUGUUGGUGCUUGGUGGUGGUGGAUACACAAUAAGAAAUGUUUCCCGAUGUUGGGCAUACGAGACUGCUGUAGUAGUCGAUAAAGAAGUGCCUAUAGAGCUACCACAUACAGAGUUCUAUGAAUAUUAUGGCCCGGAAUAUAAGUUACAUUGUCCGCCAAGUAAUAUGGAAAAUAUGAAUUCCGCAGAUUAUUUAGAGACCAUAAAGCUUAAAAUUUAUGAACAUCUUGAUCGAUCACGGCAUACGCCAAGUGUACAAAUUCAAGAUGUACCUCAAAAUAGAUUUGUCGUAGAUGAUUAUGAUGAAGAUCAAGAGGACCCUGAUUCACGGAAAACACGUAAUGUGUCUUGUGUUAAAAGAUCAUGGGAUAAACGUAUUGUACCAGACAAUGAAUACGAAGAAUCAGAUGACGAAGAGAUGGAAGAGAAUGGCAGCAGUUCAAGGAAAAGCAGAAUUCCAUAUGUCCGUACAUAUCGAUAUAAAUUAUUAUACGACCAAUCAUCAAAGAAUAGGCACAAAAACAAUAACAUUAAUCCUUUGGAUACAACAAUUACUCCUGCUAAUAUCGUUGACCAGAUGGAAAUAGAUAAUAUCCCUGGACCAAAAGUUGUGCGGGAUGCAGAAAUGACAGAAGCAACAAAUUCUGUGACUGAAGUUGCCGCAUUAGCCCCAGAUUCUAUGGAAGACGGUGACAACGAUAACAGCAACAAUAAUAACAAUACUACUGCUUCUUCGAUAACAUCAGCUGCUAUGACUUCCGCUACCAACAAUGAACUACCAUCGUCAACUACUGCUGAUACAUCUACAAUUCCAGCUCCGAUAAGUAUAUCUAGCCCGAAUGAAGCUCCCCUUACUACUACUGUUACGUUAGACCAGGAAAACAAUCAUUUUCCGGAAACUGAAUAG